UAGGAAAUGAAAUGUCAGUGUUGAUGACACUUACUUUCGGAAUUUCAUUUAUAUCCCUCCUGGAAAAGAAGCUUCUCCAGCCAUUUCAUUCACCCUGACUGAAGCAAUCUUGUUCAGCAAUGGCAGCAGAAGGUGGAAUGCUGGAACCAAUCUCAGAGAAGAUUAUACAUGGGGAGAUAGAAAAUAUAACAUUUGAUCAUAUUCCAAAAAUAAAAGAAGCAGAGGGAUCACCAGAACAAGUAUGUGAUGAUACAUUGAUCAAGACGGAGGUUUCGGAGCCACUUUCCCUUCAGAACUUGGAAAAACUCAGAGAUGGACAGAACCAACCAUCACCUGCAGCCACACAUGAUAAUGGCAUCAUCAUCGAAGCCAAAGAUGAAAAUUUGCAUCAAGUUACAACUGAAACAGUUGAUACUGCUGGGGGUCAAAUUUUUAAUGUAGCGCCCUCAGGAGUUCAGAUUUCCUUAGAUGACAACUGCAAAGAUAUUGAUGCUGGGUUUCAAGCAGACAGCGAUAAAGAAGAAAAAGAAAUGCCGAAGAGUGCAAAUAUAAAUCCCAUUGCUUCUGAUGAAGAUUCCAAAGAAGAUGGACCAGCUUCUGAUAAAGGGAAAGAACAUGGAACAGUGUCUGAGGUCCCGCCAAAAUCUUCACAAGACAUGGAUGUAGAAGAAGAUGAAGGUGAAGAAAAUGAAGAAGAAAUCAUAGAGAAGAAAACAUCCGAACCAGAAAUUUCUGAAAAACAAACUUCAGGAAUAGAAGUGAAGCUCAUGGAAGACUCUCAAACAGAACAUGAAGAUGUAAGUCCUGGCUUUACAGCCACAAUGAAGGAUACUGGUGAGGAGCCUCCCACUAAAGAAGAGGAGACCAUUGACAAUGUUGAUCUUGUACCUAUUGAAGAGUCUGUCACCACUCUACGAAACACUGAGAUAAUCAGUGACAACCAGAGAGCCACUUCUUUGGAUGACACUGAAACAACUGAAAAUGACAUACGAGCUCUGGGAGAAAAUCAAAAUUUAAAGCAAGAUGUCAAUACAGCAGCAGAAGAGGAGCCAAAAACUCAUGAGUUAACACCUGCUUCAAUAGAAGAAAGAGUGGGAGGAGAAGACGAGCAAAAAGCAUCCUUCAAUGCAGCGUUGAAGGAACCAGGAGUUGAAAUAGAAGAUGCAAAUGAAGAAGAAGAAGAAACAACUUCUGUGCAGAGGUCUGCUACUGAACUACAGAAUAUACAAUUGCCAAUAGAAGAAUCUCCAAUGCCAUCGACAACUGAAACACCAGACUCAACUGAAGCACAAGAUCGAGAAACAGAGGAAGGAGAAGCCUCAGGUCAGAGGACUACUAGUGAGCUGCCCCAGUUGCAAUCAACAAUAGAAAAAUCUCCAGUGCACAUCAGUACACCAAUCUCUGAACAUGUUACUCACAGUGAUACCAGCAAGUCUGUAGCGGUUAUAUCUGAGGAAAGAGUGGGAGAAGAUGAGAAGCUCAAAGAAUCCUCUAAUACAGAAAAAGAGGGACCAGGUGCAGAAACACAAGAUGCAACUGAAGAACAACAUAAAACAACUGAGGAAGGAGAUGCUUCAGCUCAGUUGCCCAUGAGUGAACUACACCAUUUGCCAGAAAAAUCUCAAGUGCCAUCAAAAUCUGAAGAUCAGCUUGACAUAGAUGCUGCAAGAGCGUCAGCACCUGACUAUACUGAAGAGAAGCUUGAAGAAUUCCCAAAUGUAGAAUCAGCGCAACCAUGUACUCAAACACAAGACUCAACAGAAGAACAAGUAGAAACAGAGGAAGGAGAUGUCUCCAGUCACAUGUCUACCAAUGAGAACUUGUCGAUCGAAAAUCAACCAGCAGGAAUCAGUACGUCAACAGCUGAAGCACCACUGCAGGAAGAUGAAGUGAAAGAGUUAGCACCUGCUUUAUUGGAGGAUAGAAUAGGAGAUGAUGAGAAGCCUAUAGAAACCUCUAAUGUAGCACCGGAAAUACCAGCAGCUGAAACAGAGGAUUCAGUUGAAGAACAAGAAAAAGCAAUUGAAGAAGGAGAUGCCUCCCAACAGAAGUCUACUACUGAAGAACUCCAUUCAUCAUUGCAAAUAGAUAAACCUCCAGUGCCAUCAACAACUGAAGAUCAACUCAAGACAGAUGAUGCAAGGGAGCUAGCACCUGGUUUUAUCAAGGAAAAUGUGAAAGAAGAAGAGAAUCUUAAAGAAUCUAAUAAUUCAGAAACAGAGGAACCAGGUACAGAAGCACAAGAUGCAGCUGAAGAACAAGAUAAAACAACUGAGAAAGGAGAUGCUUCCACUCAGCUGUCUGCGAGUGAGCUACAUCAUUUGGCAACAGAAAAAUCUCCAUUACCAUCAAAAACUGAAGAUCAGCUUGACAUUGAUGGUGCAAGGGAGUUAACACCUGACUAUUCUGAGGAUCAAAUGGGAGAAGAGAAGCUUGAAGAAUCUCCUAAUGUAGAAUCAGCAGAACCAGGUGCUAAAACACAAGACUCAACAGAAGAACAAGAAGAAACAGAUGAAGGAGAUGUCUUGGCUCACAUGUCUACUGAUGAGAACUUGUCAAUCGAAAAUCAUCCAGCGGAAAUCAGUACAUCAACAGCUGAAGCUCCACCACAGGAAGAUGAAGCGAAAGAGUUAGCCCCUGCUUUAACGGAGGAGGAUGAGACGCUUAUAGAAACCACUAAUGUAUCACAAGAAAUACCAGCAACUGAAACAGAGGACUCAGUUUCAGAACAAGAAAAAGCAACAGAAGAAGGAGAUGCUUCCUUUCAGAAAUCUGCUAGUGAAGAAAUCCAUUUGCCAUUGCAAAUAGAAAAAUCUCAAGGGCCAUCAACAAGCGAAGAUCAACUUGAGACAGGUGAUGCAAGGGAGCUAGCACCUGGUUUUGCCAAGGCACAUGUGAAAGAACAAGAGACCCUCAAAGAAUCCACCAAUGAAGAAACAGGGGAACCAGGUACAGAAACACAAGAUGUAACUGAAGAACAAAAUAAAACAACCGAGGAAGGAGAUGCUUCAGCUCAGUUGCCCAUGAGUGAACUGCACCAUUUGCCAGAAAGAUCUCCACUGCCAUCAAAAACUGAAGAUCAGGACAUAGUUGGUGCAAGAGAGUCAGCACCUGACUAUACACAGGAUCAAGUGAUAGAAGAAGAGAAGCUUGAAGAAUCUCCAAAUGUAGAAUCAGCACAACCAUGUACUCAAACACAAGACUCAACAGAAGAACAAGAAGAAACAGAGGAAGGAGAUGUCUCCAGUCACAUGUCUACCGGUGAGAACUUGUCAAUUGAAAAUCAACCAGCAGGAAUCAGUACAUCAACAGCUGAAGCACCACUGCAGGAAGAUGAAGUGAAAGAGUUAGCACCUGCUUUAUUGGAGGAUACAAUAGGAGGUGAUGAGAAGCCUAUAGAAACCUCUAAUGUAGCACCAGAAAAACCAGCAACCGAAACAGAGGACUCAGUUGAAGAACAAGAAAAAGCAAUUGAAGAAGGAGAUGCCCUUCAGAAGUCUGCUAGUGAGGAAGUCCAUUCGCCAUUGCGAAUGGAUAAACCUCCAGUGCCAUCAACAACUGAAGAUCAACUCAAGACAUCUGAUGCAAGGGAGCUAGCACCUGGUCUUAUUAAGGAAAAUGUGAAAGAAGAAGAGAAUCUUAAAGAAUCCAAUAAUUCAGAAACAGGGGAACCAGGUACAGAAGCACAAGAGGCAGCUGAAGAACAAGAUAAAACAACUGAGAAAGGAGAUGCUUCCAUUCAGCUGUCUGCGAGUGAGCUACACCAUUUGCCAACAGAAAAAUCUCCAUUGCCAUCAAAAACUGAAGAUCAGCUUGACAUUGAUGGUGCAAGGGAGUUAGCACCUGACGAUUCUGAGGAUCAAAUGAUAGAAGAAGAGAAGCUUGAAGAAUCCUCUAAUGUAGAACUUGAAACUAAGUGUGCUCAAACACGAGACCUGGCCAGAAGAACAAGAAACAGAGGAAGGAGAUGGCCCCAGUCACAUGUCUACCGUGAGAACUUGUCGAUCGAAAAAUCACCCAGAGGAAUCAGUACAUCAACAGCUGAAGCACCAAUGCAGGAAAAAUGA